AUGGACAUUUACGAAGAACCCUACUACAUAAUAACAAAAGGCUUUGCUUCUUUCAUAGGUCAGUGGCCCUACCAAUCUAGGAAACAAAGUAUUAUGUUCGGAUCUAUAAUGUGGAGUUUAUUUAUCUUGCAAGUUAUUCCGCAAGUAGUUUCCGUGGCUUUGCAUUACGACGACGAGGAACUUUUGUUCGAGUCCUUGUCGCCUUUCAUCACAGAUUUGAUUUUUAUUGUAAAAUACGUCAAUAUGAAGACUCUUUUCGACAAAAUGAAGGACGAUUGGAAGAUCCUCAAAAAUGAUAAAGAAAAAUCAAUUUUGGAGAAUCAUAUGUUCACAGCGCGAUACAUUUCUCUCUGCUGGGCAGCUUUUGUAAAUGUCACGGUGUUUAUAUUUUUGAUGGACCCAAUUUUACCAAUAAUAGUAAAUCACAUUCAAAAGUCCAACGAAUCAUUGCCAGUGAGAUUUUGCGUCCCAAUGGAAUAUGUAAUCAUUAAUGAAGAAAAAUAUUAUUGGUUGCUUUUCAGCUUUUCUAGCAUUUGCGUAAUUUUUAUCAUCAUGGUUAUCAUUUGUUGCGAUAUUAUAUUCAUCAGUCUUGUACAACAUGUCUGCGGGAUUUUUGCAGUCGUUGGAUUCCGUAUAGAAAAUUCGCCUACUGUUGACCUAUCCAGCGAAAUGCUCACUGGACUAAGAUUUAAAACCAACUCACGGGAUGUUCAUUACAAACAUUUUGUUUCAUGCAUCAGAGACCACAGACGAGCAUUAGAAUUCGCGGAUCUUAUUGAAGCUACUUUUACUGGAUGCUUCGGUAUCGUUGUUGGCUUAAAUUUGCCCUUAAUGAGCAUCACUGCAGUUCAGAUCAUGACCCAAUCGCAAUCGAUCCAAGACACAGUCAAGUACAUCAUGUUCACUUUCGCUCAAAUGAUCCAUCUUUUCUUCGACUGCUACAUGUCCCAGAGGCUGACUGAUAUGAGCGACCAUAUUCAUCAAUGCAUAGCCAGAGCAAAAUGGUACGAAAAUUCAGCCAGAUCAAGAAAAUUACUAAUUUUGAUGACACUUAGGAGUCAGAUUCCUUGCAAAUUAACCGCAGGAAAAGUUAUGGAAUUGUCUAUUGAAACUUUUGGAAUGUGUCUAAAAACGGCUGGGUCAUACGUCACGGUACUUCUCUCAAUGCGCUAA